CUAUUCAUAUUGCAAUAUGUAUUACUUUUGCAUAAACUUACUUACCUUUGCAUUCUUUUCUGUUAGUGCCAGUUUAAUAUUAUUGUAUUUUCAACUUGUUCAUGUUAACGAAAGUUUUAUAUGUGAAAAGUGUGCUAAUGAAAAUGUUGAAGAAUAUGAUUAUAUUAUUGUUGGUGCUGGAACGGCAGGAUCUGCUAUUGCUGGCUUACUUUCUGCAAAUACUAAUUACAAAAUUUUAAUAUUAGAAGCAGGCAAUUAUGGACAUUCUUUCUUUGAUAUUCCUUUUAUAGGACCUAUGCUUCAAGGAACUGACUUUGAUUGGCAAUAUGAGACCGUACCACAAAAUAAUGCGUGUCUUGCUCUUUAUAAUCAGGCUUCCAAAUGGCCCAGCGGUAAAAUAGUUGGAGGUACAUCACGGUUAAACAACAUGUUAUAUGUUAAAGGGCAUGAUGAUGACUAUAAACAUUGGUUUCCACCUUCACUAGACUACAGUAGAGAAAUAUUGAAGAUUUUCAAAAAAAUAGAAUCUUAUUUACCCAUAUCUGAUGUGCUAUAUUCUUCAAAGUUGGGCGAUUUAUUCAUAAAAUCAGGACUGGAAGCUGGAUACACUUUUAGUGACGCUAAUUUAGGUUUUCAUCGAGUAAAAGUGAAUCAAUUGAAGGGUGCAAGAGUUACAACCAGCCAUUUACACCUGAAAAAAUCAAUUGAUAAACCUAAUUUGACAAUUCUUACAAAUAGUGUAGUUAUAAAGUUAUUGAUAAGAAGAAAUCAUGUUUAUGGAGUAAAAUUUAUUAGAAAUAAUAAAAACUAUGUCAAGCGGUGUCGUAAAGCAGUUAUUCUAUCUGCUGGUGUAAUUGGAACUCCAAAAAUAUUAAUGCUAAGUGGAAUAGGCCCUAAAGAACAUUUACAAAAUCUUGACAUAUCUGUUGUUCAUGAUUUACCAGUAGGCAAGAAUUUGCAAGAUCAUGUUACUACCGGUAUAGAUUUGAUCAUGAUUAAUGAUAGUUUAAACUUAAGUUUGUUAGAUAUUGCAUCACCAAAAACUGUCUAUGAUUAUGUUAUGGGUAACGGUGGUCCCUGGACUACUCCUGGCUGUGAAGCAGUUGCUUUUAUAAAUACAAUUUUUGAUAAAAAGGAACAUGAUAAUCCACCUGAUUUGCAAUUAAUGGCAUUACCAUUAGGUGUUACUAAAGAUGCUGGCGCUCAUCUUCACAAAUUAUUUGGAAUAUUACCAAAAAUUUGGCAUGAUUACUAUAAUGAUCUCAGUUAUAACAACAUGAUAACUAUUUUACCAGUUGUUUUACACCCCAAAAGCAGAGGUACUGUUGAAUUAGCUUCCAAUGAUUAUAAUGAUAAACCUUUAAUUGAUCCAAAAUAUCUGUCGGAAAAAGAUGAUAUAGCAAUUUUAAUAAAAGGUAUUCGAAUAAUACAACAGUUAUUAGACACACCAAGCAUGAGAAAAUUGAAUGCCAAAAUAGUACAUAAACAUUUCCCUGGUUGUGAGAAUAUUGUAUUUGAUACUGAUGAAUAUUGGGAAUGUUAUGUGAGACAUGUGACACUGAGUAGCUUUCAUCCAGCGGGAACUUGCAAAUUGGGUCCAAUUGAAAAUAAUGAUACGGUUGUUGAUUGGAAUACAUUCAAAGUAAAACAUUUAAACAAUUUGUUAGUGGCUGAUGCUUCAGUAUUUCCAGACCUACCAAGUGGUAAUAUAAAUGCAGCAGUAAUUUUAAUUGCUGAAAAAGUUGUUAAUUAUCUUUUAGAAACAAAAGAAUUCUAUAAUACCUAUGAAACUUGUCAUAUAAAAAAUGUCUUUAUUGAUGAUUUUAAAUGUGCUGUUAAAAGUUUAUUAUUUUGUUAA